GAAAAACUGAGGCAGUGACACUGACACACACACGCACAAACAUCAGGGACCUUCAGGACAGAGCCUGGAUGUGCGGUGUAACCAGAUCCUGAGGAACAUGGAGGCCUCGCUGACAGCUCGGGAUCGCGUGGGCAUACAGGAUUUUGUUCUUUUGGACGCCUACACGAGUGAGAGUGCCUUCCUGGACAACCUGAGGAAGCGCUUCCAUGAGAAUCUCAUUUACACCUACAUCGGGACUCUGCUGGUGUCGGUCAAUCCGUACAAAGAUUUAGACAUCUACAGCAAGAAGCAAAUGGACACCUACAUGGGCGUUAACUUCUUUGAGCUGCCACCUCAUAUUUAUGCUCUGGCAGACAACGUCUUCCGCACGAUGCUGUCCGAGUACAACAACCACUUCAUCCUGAUCUCCGGGGAAAGCGGGGCCGGCAAGACCGAGGCCUCCAAGAAAAUCCUCCAGUACUACGCUGUCAGCUGCCCGAGUACCAGACUCCUGAACAAUGUUCGAGACCGGCUUCUUCUCUCCAAUCCAGUGCUCGAGGCUUUUGGAAAUGCCAAAACUCUGAAGAACGACAACUCGAGCCGCUUUGGAAAAUAUAUGGACAUCCAGUUUGAUCAUCAGGGCGGUGCAGUUGGCGGUCACAUCCUAAGCUACCUGUUGGAGAAGUCCCGUGUGGUCCACCAGAAUCACGGAGAGAGGAAUUUUCACAUCUUCUAUCAGCUGGUGGAAGGAGGGGAGGAAGAUCUGCUCCGCUGGCUCGGCCUACAGAGAAACUGCCAGCACUACAGUUAUCUGGUGCAGGGUGAAUGUGCCAAAGUUAGCUCUAUCAACGAUAAAAGUGAUUGGAGGAGGGUGCGAAAGGCCCUCUCUGUCAUAGAGUUCAGUGAGAGCGAUAUUGAGAGCCUGUUUGGGAUUAUUGCUAGUGUGCUCCACCUGGGUAACAUCAAGUUUGAAGCAGAUACUCGAGGAUACGCCACUCUCAACAACAACCAGGAAAUGCACUGGGUGUCAAAGUUGCUGGGGAUUCCUGCUGAUGUUCUACAACAGGGCUUAACCCACAAGAAGAUUGAAGCCAAAACAGAGGAGGUGUUCAGUCCCUUCUCUGUGGACCAUGCAGUAUAUGCCAGGGAUGCCCUUGCCAAAGCCAUCUAUGGCCGCACGUUCACCUGGUUGGUCAACAAGAUCAACGAAUCUUUAGCUAACAAGGAUUCCUCCAGAAAGACAGUGAUUGGCUUGUUGGACAUCUACGGGUUUGAGGUUUUCAGCGUGAACAGCUUUGAGCAGUUUUGCAUCAACUAUUGCAACGAGAAGCUGCAGCAGCUUUUCAUCCAACUGACCCUCAAAUCCGAGCAGGAGGAGUACGAGAUGGAGGGAAUUGAAUGGGAACCAGUGCCAUAUUUCAACAAUAAGAUCAUAUGUGACCUUGUGGAGGAGAAAUACAGAGGAAUCAUCUCACUGUUGGAUGAGGAAUGUUUACUUCCGGGAGAAGCAACUGAUCUAACUUUCCUGGACAAGAUGGAGGAAAAGAUUGGUGGCCACCCUCAUUUUGUCACACAUAAACUAGCAGACCAAAAGACGAGGAAAACCAUGGACAGAGGGGAUUUCCGACUGCUGCACUACGCUGGGGAAGUGACCUAUUGUGUUGUUGGAUUCUUGGACAAAAACAAUGAUUUGUUGUAUCGCAAUGGAAAAGAGGUCAUGCGACAGUCCAAAAAUGCUAUCAUCAAGCUCUGUUUUCCAUCGACUGAGCCGGACAGCAAGAGGAGACCUGAGACUGUGGUGACUCAGUUUAAGAGCAGCCUGGUGGGACUGACAGAGAUCUUGAUGUCCAAAGAGCCUUGGUACGUCCGCUGCAUUAAACCCAAUGAAGCCAAGCAGCCAGGACGCUUUGAUGACGUGCUGGUGAGACAUCAGGUUAAGUACCUGGGGCUGAUGGAGCACUUAAGGGUCAGGCGCGCUGGAUUUGCUUACCGCCGUAAAUAUGAGAUCUUCCUCCAGAGGUAUAAGCCUCUGUGUCCCGACACCUGGCCCAACUGGAAGGGGACAGCAGCAGAGGGUGUGCACCGCCUCAUCAAACACCUGGGCUACAAAUCUAACGAGUACAAGAUGGGCAGGACAAAAAUUUUCAUCCGCCAUCCAAGAACUCUGUUUGCCACAGAAGACGCCUUUCAGGAGUGCAAACACAAGCUCGCAACACGGAUUCAGGCCAAGUACAAGGGUUACAGAGUCAAAGGAGACUUCCAGAAGCAGAGAGAAGCUGCCACUAAAAUUGAGACUUGCUGGAGAGGACUCAGGGCCAGAAAGGAGCGAGAAAAGAGAUCGUGGGCUGUCAAGGUCAUCAAGAAGUUCAUUAAAGGUUUCAUGACCAGACAUCACCCAGCGUGCGUUGACAACAGCGAGUACCUGGCGUAUGUGCGGCAGAACUACCUGACGCGACUGAAGGAGAACCUUCCACAAACAGUACUGCACAAAGACUUCUGGCUCACACCUCCACCUAUAAUGCAGGAGGUGUCCCAAGUCUUGAAGCAGGUCUACAUUCGCCACAUGGUACGGAAGUACAUUAGUGGAAUCACUCCACAGAGGAAAGCACAGCUCAUGUUAAAAUUACAGGCUAGCUCCAUGUUUAAAGGAAAGAAAGAAAACUAUCCCUUCAGUGUGUGCAGACCGUUCCUGGACACCAGGAUAGGCACAGACGACAUCAACAUCAAAGUGCUUCAGAUGAUAAGACACGAGCAAAUUAAGUACAGCGUGCCGGUGGUCAAGUACGACAGGAACGGCUUCAGACCUCGUCCUCGGCAGCUCAUCUUUACCCUGGAGGCCGCCUACCUCGCAGAAGAGGCCAAGGUCAAGCAGAGGAUAGAUUACAGUGCUCUGAAAGGUGUGUCAGUGAGCAACCUGAGCGACAACUUCCUGAUCCUUCAUGUUACAUGCGAUGAUGUCAAGAAAAAGGGUGAUCUGGUCCUGCAGUGUGAUCACCUGUUUGAGGCCCUGACCAAACUGAGUGUUAUUGCCAACAAGCAGAACUGCAUCCAUGUGGUCCAGGGCAGCGUGCGAUUUGACAUUCAGCCGGGCAGAGAGGGAUUUGUGGACUUCAAGAGUGGUCAGGAGUCCACUGUCUACAGGGCAAAGAAUGGCCAUUUGAUGGUGGAAUCAACAAGAACCAAGUCAAGAUUGUGAUGCACAUGACGUGACGGGACACUGUUGCUCCUCUGAGUCUUGAAUCAACAGCCAUGAUUGUUCUAUAAUCCUGCUCCAUGGUUGUUUCAUUUAACAGCUGAACAUAUACUGUCAGCAUCUUUAUGGAAAUACAACAAAGUACUGUAGAUGUUAUUAUCUCGCAUAUACUGCCAAUUCAGUAAAAGAGAGGCAAAAAGAGAACAAAACAUGCCGAUAACAGAGCCUGACUAGAAUAGAAAUGACUCGGAUUGUUUUUUAUUUGUAUUAUUUUAAAAUGAUCUUUGAGGCACAAAAUAAAUAGCGUAUAUCUCUACAAUUACAAGCUCUAUGUGAAUUAUCUUGGUAUCAAAAUAAAGAUAAUACUUGUGAAA